UCAGUGGUCAAAUGUCAACUGUCAACACGUGUUAAACAUAACCCCACUUUUAGUGGUGCGUUUCAAGUUUUGUUAUAGUUGUAUUUUUUCGAACAAUGAAGAAGAAAAACCGCACAACCACAGACUUUGAUCCUGAAUCCGAAUCCUUUCAAAAGAAUAAGUGGUUUGAGGAGAUUGCAGAAGCCCCCAAAGACUUUAAACCCGUAACAGAGCAAAUUCUCAUCGAAUUGAAAGAAGAGGCGAAAAAGUGUCAUGAUUCUGAAGUGGCAAAUUACAACAUCAAAAACUCAAAAAAUAACUCUGAUUACAAGUGGAUGAAAACGGUCAUGACUAAAGGCACAGUCUCUGAUAAAAUCGCAGCGUCUGUAAUUGCAAUUCAAGACAAUCCAGUUUGUAAUUUGGACACAUUACAAAAUCUUGUUAACAUGGUUAAAGUUGGGAAAAAGAAAGAAUGUAUUACAACUAUUGAUACUUUGACUGAAUUAUUUUUGUCGGAUUUGUUGCGACCUGAUCAAAAACUGAAACCUUUUUAUCAACGCCCCCUGUCGCUUUUACAAGAACUGUCAUCAGGCAAUGCUAUAACUAGAAGAAAGCUACUGAGUUAUUGGUAUUUUGAAGACCAAUUAAAAGAGUUGUAUACGACAUUUGUCUUGGCUUUGAAUAAUGUUGCUCAUGAUGUACUUGAUAACAAUAAGGAAAAGGCCAUAAGUUCUAUGUUUAAGCUCCUAGCAGGAAAUCCAGAGCAAGAAAAGAAUCUGUUAACAUACCUCGUGAAUAAACUGGGCGACCCUUCACAAAAAGUCGCGUCAAAAGCCAUCUACAGUCUAGGCCAGCUCUUAUUUAAACACCCCAACAUGCAAGGAGUUGUUUUAAACGAAGUUGAGAAAUUAUUAUUUCGUUCAAAUAUUUCACCAAAAGCUCAAUAUUACGGUUUAUGUUUUUUAUCACAGUUUUAUUUAGAUCAUGAAACAAAUGAAGUCGCGAGAAGAUUGAUUGAAGUUUAUUUCUCUUUUUUUAAAGCUAGCAUUAAAAAGGGUGAAAUUAACAGUCGAAUGAUGUCGGCUUUAUUAAUGGGUGUUAACAGGGCUUAUCCUUAUGCAAAACUAGAGUUGGAAAAAAUUUCUGAACAUAUUGAUACCAUGUACAGGGUGGUCCAUAUUGCGAACUUUAAUAUAAGUCUCCAUGCCCUUUCGUUGUUAUAUCAAGUCUCUGAUCAUCACAAUAAUGUAACAGAUCGGUUUUACUCAGCACUUUACAAAAAACUAAUUGAUUCAAAUUUAUUUACAACCACUCAUCAAGCAAUGUUGUUAAGUUUAAUUUAUAAAGCCCUUUUGAAAGAUACAGAAAUAGCACGUGUUAAAGUUUUUGUUAAGCGGCUGUUACAGUUGGCUUUAAUGAUGCAACCUGCGUUUGCCUGUGGUGUUUUGUAUCUUGUUUCACAAUUGAUGGGCAAAAAACCAAACAUACAAUCACUUGUUCUUAAACAAACGACGAUGGAAAAUUUCGAUGGUGGGUCAGACGACGAAGAGGAAAAAUAUCAUGAUGUUAAGGAUGAUGAAACAGAAAUUAAACAAGAAGAUGAAGAGGAAAAUGGUGACGACAUAAAACCCGACGUUUCUGUUUUAAACAAGGCGAUUAAACCAAGUUGGGAUCAUUGUGCAAACGCUUCCAAGAAAGAAAAAAAACCGACUUACAAUCCCUUGAGUCGUAAUCCACUUUACGCUGGUGGAGAUUUUUGUGCAUAUACAGAAUUACUUGACUUGAAAAAACAUUUUCAUCCAACUGUUUCCCUAUAUGCUACAAAUAUAUUAGAUGGAAAUAUAAUUAAAUAUUCCGGGGAUCCUCUAAAAGACUUUACUUUGAUCCGAUUUCUAGAUCGAUUUGUUUUUAAAAAUCCGAAAAAAUUCGAAGAAGGGACAGUUCAAGGGGCACACCCAACAUUUGGUAAAAGAAAAAUGUAUCAUCCUAAAGGUUUAAAAUCGUUGCCUGUAAAUUCCUCAAGUUAUUUGAAUGAAAGUUCUAAGAAUAUUCCUGUUGAUGAGAUGUUUAUGUACAGUUAUUUGCAAAGGAAACACAAGGAAAAGAAACGCGUUUCUGAUAGUGACGAUAGUGAUUUGGAAUCAGUUCAAAGUGAAGAAUUUGAAGAAAUGUUGGAUAAAAUGGCUGGUAUUCCUAAAGAGGAUGAUGAAGAUUUGGACUUUUUAAAUGAUGUUGGAGAUAAACUCAAACCAAAAAGCAAAAAUCAAAAGGGUAAAAAUGAUGAUAGUGGGGACGAUGACAGUGAUACAGAGGAUAUUUCUGAUGAUGAAUUGUCCAUAGAAGACGAUGAAGAUGACCUUGAAAUAAACGAUGAGGACAAAAUGCUUUUAGACGAUUUAGAUGACGAUGAAGACGAAGAAGUCGUUUUUGACGAUGACGAAGAACCAAAAUCAAAAAAGAACACAAAUUCUAUAUUUGCAUCAGCUGAAGAAUUUGCCUCUUUACUUGAUGAUGAAGGUAGUUCAAAAGUCGCCCCAGGUAGUUCAAAUGCGUUAUCAAAUAAGGAUAAUGCAAGUAUUAAACAACUUGCGUGGGAACAAAAUAGAAAUAGGUGGUUGAAAGGAUUUAAUGAAGCUGUUGGUAAAAACAAAAAUAGUAAAACUGGGAGUUUUGGGAAGAAGAGAAAAGGUCAAAAUAGAUUUGAUACAAAAACAAAAAAGAAGAAAAACAAGUAAUUCACAAGGAGUCAGUCUUGUUACCGUAUUUUAAUCAAUAUAAUUUUAAAAAUA